GGCUGAUUUUCGUACGGCCGAUGUGCUCUUUGAGAUUGAGCAUCUUGUGGAAAAUGAUGAUUUUCUACAGCAAAAGGAUUCUAUACUAAACUCAAAGGCACCAUCACUUCUCUUGUAUAUAAUGACAGCAUGGGUUCGCUCAAAUGUCAGCUUCAUCUUCGAAGUCGCAACUCCAGCUACCAAUUGAUUGAGCACUUGUUAUUUGGCAGUUCUUAUCUUAAAACUCCUUGAUAUCGGUUGACGUCUGAUUCAUAACCGUCCUAGUGAGCCCAUUUGCUUAACACUAUUUGCGUUUAUAUAAAAUCCACCUUCCCGGACCCUACCACAUCAUGUGCUGUCAUAAAUCCAAGGCUCAGCUCAGGAACGGAAGCUCGAAGGUAGGGUGCAGGCCUUGCCAUUCGCGCUGUCAACCUAAACGCACAGUGCAGCAAGAUAAUAUAAUGGAGAAAGGAAACACUGAAGUCGUUCCUCAGCAUUUUAACAACUGGCCCAAUUCACAGGGUUUCGAAAGCUGGGACGAGCAACGGGAGCCUAUCGAGCUCACCGUAAAGGGCGUCAUCCCUUCUUGGGCUUCUGGAACUUUAUACCGCACUGGACCGGGCGGACGCACCAUCGAGACCGAUAAAGGAACCACGUUCAAGCUUUCUCACUGGUUCGAUGGCUUCAGCCAGGUGCAUCGAUUCCAAAUCAUCCCCCAAGGCACCCCGGAUGGAGUAUCCCGAGUCGUAUACAACUCCCGGCACACGGUCGACAAGUUCGUUGAGAAUAUUCGCAAGACGGGCUCCUUGAAUGACUUUAGUUUUGCACAGAAACGUGACCCGUGUCAAAGCCUGUUCAAGAAAUUCAUGAGCUAUUUCAAUUCCUCAACGGACGCCAACAUUGGUGUCACUGUGUCUACCAACUUCCCCGGACUCCCUCCCAUCUCAAACGAUGAGCGAAGCAACGAAAGCAAGCCUCACCAUGCUUCAGGCAUUCAAACCUUGACCGCGAAGACCGACAGUGCAAGGCUUAAGCGCCUUGACCCUGAGACUCUCGAGCCAGUAGGCGUCACUGACCAGCGAUGCCUCCACCCAGAUCUCAGCGGGCCCUUUUCUGCCGCCCACGCCAAAUCUGAUCCCGAGACUGGCGACGUGUUUAAUUAUAACCUCAGCAUUGGACGUACUUCUGUCUAUCGCGUCUUCCAUGUAUCUGCCGCAACGGGAGAAACGACCAUUCUCGCGACCGUUUCCGAUGCACCAGCUGCCUACCUUCACUCCCUCUCGCUCACACGCAACUUUGUCAUUCUCUGCGUCUGGAACAGCCAUUACGCCAUGGGAGGCGCCAAGGUUCUCUGGGAACGCAAUAUCCUCGACGGCAUCAGCGCAUUCGAUGCUUCCAAGCCUGCUAAAUGGUACGUCAUUGACAGACACCACGGCCAAGGUGUCGUCGCUUCAUUCGAAAGCGACCCCUUUUUCUGUUUCCACACCAUCAACGCAUGGGAAGAAGAAGCGCCGCCUGCAUAUGCCGAACAGACCGAGCAUACUGAUAUCGUCGUCGACAUGUCCGUCUACGAAAACCUCGACGUGCUCAAACGCUUCUACUACGAAAACAUCCUCUCGGACUCCCCCGCCGCAGCCAAGUUUGUCGGAUCCAAAGGCGACUCCGCCCGUGCUCAGCUCCGCAGAUACCGUCUCCCCGGCAUCCCUGCUCCUGCUGCUCUGCCUUUCCAAGCGCCCGACUUGUCGUCUUCGUCGGGACAUCCCAAGCAGGCCAAAAUCGACUUCACCGCUCCCCGCUCCUCCUCGGGCGAACUCCCUACCCUGAACCCGAAAUACUUGACCCGUCCUAACCGCUACAUUUACGUCGUCACCGACUCGGGCGAGCAAUCCGUCUUCAUGGACGGCCUGGGCAAAUACGACACCCUCACGGGAGAACUCACCAGGUGGUGCGAGCAUGGCCAGAACCCCGGUGAAGCGAUUUUCAUUCCCGCGCCUUCGGGCAAAAACGAAGAUGAAGAUAAUGGUGUCCUCCUAAGUGUUGUUCUCGACGGUCAUCGUGGAAAGAGUUAUCUCCUUUGUCUCAAUGCGCGAGACAUGACGGAGCUGGGCCGCGCAGAGAUCGAUAUGGUUGUCGGGUUCGGAUUCCAUGGUACCUUUUUU